CCGCGAUUCCCGAUCAGAUCGUUCAGCCGGUUUGCCUGCUGGACUACGAGCCGAGCGCCUCUCGAUCGGUAUCCUCCGCCAUCGCCCGAUCUUGUCUCCAAGCCCAGACCGUGCUCCAUCACCAUCGUCAUCACCAUCUAGCUCAUGUUUGCCGCUCUCAACUCAACCCGCCUGCUGCGGACGGCCUCGCAUUCCGUCGCGGCGUCGUCCCGGAUCCUGGCGAGCCACCAGAGCAUGCCCGCGAUCGUCUGCCAUCAAACUCGUUCGUACAACCGGAAGCGCUAUCUGGAACAAAAGAAGGCCGAUCGGGCGCUCCUGAAUCAGGACGACAUCACUUUCUCCGAUGCACUUGAGGUUUUCAGAGUAUACACCAUGAACCAAAUCCUGCCGCUCACUGCCCACAUCAAGACUAACAAGCCCGACGACUAUCUCAAGCCCAUUCGCGGCGAGCUGCGGCUGCCACACCAAGUGCGAGCGCUGGAAACUGAUGCGGAUGAAGUGAUCUUGGUUUUCGCCAAGGGUGCACACGCCGAGCAAGCCAAGGCUUUGGGCGCGCAUAUCGUCGGCGCUGAAGAUCUGAUCUUGGAGCUCACCUCUGGCAAGUUCCCUCCUCGAGUCGACAAGGUGUUUGCGACAAAGGCCAUGUUCCCGCAGGUCGUCAAGAUUGCCAAGAUCCUCGGUCCCAAGGGCCUCAUGCCCAGUCCCGCCAAAGGUACUGUUUCGGACGACAUCGAGGGCAUGAUGAAGCUCAUGAACGCCACUUCCAAGUUUGAAGUUGACAGCGAUGGAUACGUCCACUUUGAUAUCGCCAAGACGAACUGGAAGGAUGAACAGGUUAUGGAGAAUUUUGAGGCUCUCUUGAAGUCCCUGAUCGAUCUGAAGCCACCAAAGUUUGCACUGGCCAAAUUCAUCGAGUCUGUCAACAUCUCCAGUCCUCAUGUCAUCGGUGUCCAGCUACCGCUGAAGCCGUUCACUCUCCUCUCUGGAACCAAGACCUCCAAGUAGAUGACUCCGGCUCCUCUCUUGGCUGGCUGCGGCCUUUGCUGCUGUUGUUACUUGCUCCUAGCGACCACUUCAUCCUUCAUUCGUCCCACACACAGCGACCCGCCCCCCCUCCCUCUACCACGCCAGCUUCGUAAUCACGCACAUAUUGCAUCUGCAAUAGCCCCUACGUGCACCGAGUCUUGACCCUGGGUUUUGUUUUGUUUUGCUGUAUGAUGAUAGGUGGUCGUGGAAGACGACUCUGAGCUUGAUCGACCGGAACCGUCCCCGCUGCUUUGUGGGGCUUGGUGAAAUUGCGAGCAGCUGUAGUCGUUUAGAACUAAAUACACACAAUGGCUGAUCAGUGA